AUGGAUAUGGAGGACGCGGCGGUGCCGGCGCUGGCGGUGGUGGACGCGCGGUUCUGCGCGGCGGACGCGGCGACGCUGGCCGUGGCCAAGGCGCUGAGCAUGUCCGGCAGCGACUUCGCCGUCACGGACGCGGCCACGGGAGCGCUCGUGCUGCGCGUCGACGGUGUGCUCUUCACCCUGCGCCGGCGCUGCGUCCUCGUCGACGCCGACCGACGCCCCGUCCUCACCGUCCAAGAAUCAGCGCUGAUGCUGAACACGCGGUGGAAGGUGUUCCGGGGCGACAGCACCCGCCGGCGGGACCUGAUGUUCACCGUGGUGAAGCCGUCCGUGAUCCAGCUGCGGGGGUCCACCAAGGUCAGCGUCUUCCUCGCCAGCAACGACGCCGAGCAGGCCUGCGACUUUAGGAUCACCGGCAGCUACCACGACGGCGCCUGCGCUGUCUGCCUCGGCGACUCCGACACCGUCAUCGCCAAGGCAAGUGUGGAAGUGUCUCCUUCCCAUUUGCUUUCUUGGACAGUUGGACUGAGAAUGGAUUGGCUGCCGCCGCAGAUCGACCGGCGGUUCAGCGUGGUGAGCGCGCUGCUGGGGAAGAACUCGUACAGCGUCACCGUCAACCCGGGCAUCGACUACGCCUUCGUCGUCGCGCUCGUCGUCAUCCUCGACGAGAUGCAUUUCCAGCGAUGA